UAGCUAGUGUUAGCCGAAGAUUUUAAUAGAUAAAAAUAAAAAUAUGCAAUAAUUUCAUUUGUUAGCGUAACAACUGUGAGAUUUUUCAAAGUUUAGCGCAGUUAAUCUUUUUUUUUUCGGGGGGGGCGAUUAAUAAAUCGGAGAAGGCUAGGAAAAAAUCAAAUAUGCAUUCCAAAAGGUACAUGUAUAAUGCAGGAAGAAAAAGCUGUUUAGAACUAAUCAAGAAAGGUUUUGUGAACGCUUUUGAAGAAAUCCUUGAGUUGACCGACAUAAAUCGAACUGUCAGAGAUCAAGCUGAGCUUGGAAAUGUUAAGAGAAUGCCUCCAGAUAUUCGGGAAGAUACAAAAACUAUGAACUUUAUAAUGGAAAGUUUAGUGAAAGCAGAGGACGCCGUUAGAGCAGGCGAUCUGAAAGGCAACUAUAGUAUGAGAAUGGAACUCGGAGAAUACUUUCACAAUAUAAACGAUUAUUAUUGGCUUGCAAAGUAUUUCUACAAAUCUUGUUACCAAAUUUCUGAGAACAGAAUAGGCGAGGAAGCAAAACUACCAAUAAGUGCUUUGGAAAAAUUAGGAUUACUUGAGGAGCAGAAAAGUAACAUGGAAACAGCUUUGCAUUUUAUGGAAAAAGCGAUAAGAAUAGCUGAUGAAAAUGAUUUGCCGAAUGACGAUGCUAGUAGGCACCAGUUGUAUCUACACUUGAUAAGGAUUUAUCGCAAAUUAGGAUCUCUGAUAUCAAAUAAAGAAGAUUACUCUAUUACAAAAAAAUCUAAAUCAGUUCGAUACUUUAAAAAAGCAGCUUUACUGGCAAAGAAGGGUACAACAGAAAGUCAAGCUGUUUCGUUUGGAAUGCUUGGAAGAACAAGGAUGAAGUUUAAUGAUUUUAAGAAUGCCCUCCAGGAUUUUGAGUCAUACAUUGCAUUAUGUGAUAAAUGCAAUGAUCAAUAUGGUGUUUGUAAUGGCUAUUUCGCUUUAUCUGACAUUCAUAAACGGACAGGCAACAUACACGAAUCCAAAGCAGCUGCAGAAAAAUGUCAAGACAUGGCAAAAGAAUAUAUGUUUGAAAUUCCUUACAUCUUCUCAGCAAUAAGUCUAGGACAAAUUAGUACUGCACAGAGGAACUACAGAAAAGCUCAUGAACAAUUUGAAACAGCAUAUAGAAUUUUCUUAUCUUCAAAAAAGGAUUACGCAAAAGCAGCAGAGUUACACAAACUAUGCAAAAUCAUGUGUGGAAUAGGGAGGGCACAUCUCAGUUUCAAUAAACUAAUAAAGGUAUUGCAAGAGCCUGAAGAAUCAGCAUUAAUUCAGAUUACUGAUUGGAGGAAUAAAGGAGGUAUUUUUAAAGGUGAUGUCAUGGAGAGAAAGGAUCAUUUGAUUGAUUUGGAAGAAAAAGAGAAAAUUGAAAGUGAAUCUAAAAUUUCCAUAUUAAUAGAAAAGCUUACACGAAAAGAACUCAGUAAUGAUAUAUAAGAGAAAAUAUAGAAACAUUUAAGAAGCAGUACAUUAUAUAAAAGCAUUUUAAAUAAAUAUGAGUAAUUUUAACUAGUCAGUUACUUUAUGAUAAUAAAAAAUUUGAUUUAAUUUGUUAAUAAAAAUGCCUUUUAAAAAUUAGCAACAAAAUAAUACAUAAGUGUAUUUUUUAAAAAUUUACACAAAAUAUUUUAAUAAUUUAUUAU